GUCAGCUGACGGUGGGUCGGGUCAAAAUGUCUGCGGCAGAGGAAGACACAGAGUUACGGGAUCUCCUGAUACAAAACUUAGAAAACAGCGGGGUCUUAAAUAAAAUCAAGGCCGAACUGCGGGCUGCUGUGUUUCUUGCAUUGGAAGAGCAGGAGAAAGUAGAGAAUAAAACACCACUUGUCAAUGAAAGCUUAAAGAAGUGCCUGAACACUAAAGAUGGGCGGUUGGUGGCCAGCCUCAUCACAGAUUUCCUGCAGGUCUUUAACCUGGACUUCACUUUGGCAGUAUUUCAACCUGAAAUAAAUACUCUGAAUGGGUUGGAGAACCGGGAGGUGGUGGCCCGGGAGCUGGGCAUCCCCGAUCCGGAGGGGAACAAAUCCACGCCCCUCCUUCUGGAGCUUAUAAAGAGGGGCCGGCACAAGACGACCGGCUUUGAGGAGGAUAGGGUCACGCAGAUUCCAAAGGAACUGUCUCCCAAGAAGAUUGCUGAUGCCAGGAGAAGAUUUGACUUUUAUGACAAGGACAAAAAGGGUGCCAUAAACAAGGAUGCAGUGAGGGCGUUGUUCGCUGAUCUGUUCCCGAACUUCAACCAGAAUAUGCUAGAGAGAUAUGUAACAGAUGAAUUUGCAGCUCUGGACAAAGAUUUCAGUAAUGGAAUUGACUUCCAGGAGUUUGUGGGGAUGCACAGACGUUUUUUCAUCCAGUGUAAAAGUGUGGUGAGUGACACGUGGAAUCGUGCACAUGUCCUUGCAUGUCUGUGUUGUCUGCCUGUUAUGACCCAUUUAUACUUGUCUUCCAACAAGGUCACAAACGAUGUCUCUGACAUCGCUCAGACUCCAAGUAAAUUUAUUGAGGAGAAAACAUGCACUUCAUCAGCUAGUAAGAUCCCCAGGUAUAAAGGAUUUGUUAAGCAUAGUAAGGAGCAGGCUGAUGCCCAGGUCACAGAGGUCACCCAUAGCGACACAAGCGUGGCCUCAGGCUCCACGAAGGCCAAAGGUCACGUGCCGGUCACUUCCAGAAGCGCGAAGCUCGGAGAUGGCAGCAAAAGGGAGACCCCCUUGCCAAAGAAGGGAAGCGCAGGGCUGGAGGUGGACGAAAAGGAAGACGAGGGAGACUCUUUCUUUGAUGACCCCCUGCCCGCACCCCAGAAGACCUACGGCAGUAGUCUUUCCGUGGCAGAUAAAAACAAAUCAGGGGAAAGUCUUUCUGAAAAGAUCGGUAAUCACAGAGAACUGAGCCGAACACAGAGGGAGAAGUGUGUUUCAGGAGGCCCCUUCCAAAUGAGAAAGGAGAGUAGCCUGAAUGACCUCUCUGCCAUAAACAGCGAUACAGAGGAGGACGCAGAGGGGUCCUUUGCAGACAGAAGGAGGAGGGAUCUCGGUAAAGCAGUGGGUGGGCCUACCAGCCUGUCAGACACACCUUUGCCAAAGACUGACCUGGGAUCAGUGGGGCCGUCGCUGGAGGACCCAUCGGAGAACAUCAACAGAGACAAGGAUGAUGACUAUGAUGAUGAUUUUAACAGCACCAGCCAUCGUUCGAAAAGUGAAGUGAGCAUUGGAGAAGAGAUAGAAGAGGUUUCUAUCGAGGAGCCAGAUACUAGCGAUAAGCUCGACGACAUGACUCAGGACUGCAGCCUUUCCCAGCCUGGAGACGUGGCGGACUACAUGGAGGAGGUCGCCUGAUGUGGCGCGGGGUCACAGCUCUGAGGCCCUGACAGACAGGGGCCCUACUUAACAGUGGCAGUGUGUGUCUCUGUCUGUCAGUCUUUAAAAAAAAAAAAAAAAAAAAAACAUAAAAGGACCCUGGACCCCUGAAAACAGGCUGCAUUCUCAGAAAAAAGGAAGUAACGGGAAGCUCUCUCUGAACCCACAUGUAUUGUGUGACACACAGUUGUGACUUCCCAGUUGUUCCCUAUACCUAGCUGUACAGGCUCUGAUGUAAGUCCCUUUCUGUUCAGCAGUCAUUAUUUGGACUCUCAUAAUGACAAGAGAGAAGCACUUGUCAAUAUAUAACUCCACACCUAUACACAUCUAUAUGUGUACAUAUAGAAAUCAGCAUUUAUAAAUGUACAUGUCUGUUGCCAAAGAGUUGCCUCUCUGUUUUACCUUUUUGUUGAAUAGAACUCAGUUCUGUAUAUAGUGGAUUCUGUGUGGCCUUUUAUUUAUUGAGUUUCCAUGGUUUUGAAUGAUGCUGUAUCACAAGUCACACCCACAUUUAAUGAGCACGAGAAAUGUCGGUGUUGGACACAUUAUCACAAGAAGAAAAAAAAGCUUCUGUCUGAAUGAAGACCUUUGAUACUUCAUGGCAGUUGUGUUUUAGAAUUUCUU